GGGCCUUCUAGACGCAUCGGUAACUAUUCCCGCUGGCUCUGCCUUACUGCCUGGAAUGGGGUCCCGCCCGCACUUGGGCCGUCCCUUCUUGGGGCUACAAGGCGCCUCGGCCCCUCCUUGACCGUCAGCGUUUGUGGUGUAGCUGCUCUCAGAAUGAAGGGCGGCGAGGGGGACACGGGCGAACAGGCCCCCCUGAACCCGGAGGUGGACAGCCCCGCGGGCUCAGCCACGUACCGGGAGUUCGUGCACCGCGGCUACCUCGACCUUAUGGGGGCCAGUCAGCACUCUCUGCGGGCGCUCAGCUGGCGCCGCCUCUACCUCAGCCGGGCUAAGCUCAAAGCCUCCAGUCGCACUUCUGCUCUGCUGUCGGGCUUCGCCAUGGUGGCAAUGGUGGAGGUACAGCUGGAGAGCGAUCAUGAAUACCCACCAGGCCUGCUAGUGGCAUUUAGUGCCUGCACCACUGUGUUAGUAGCUGUGCACCUGUUUGCACUCAUGGUCUCCACAUGUCUGCUGCCCCAUAUUGAAGCCGUGAGCAACAUCCACAAUCUCAACUCUGUCCACCAGUCACCACACCAACGACUCCACCGAUAUGUGGAGCUGGCCUGGGGCUUUUCUACUGCUUUGGGCACCUUUCUCUUCCUGGCUGAAGUUGUUUUGGUGGGCUGGGUCAAGUUUGUGCCCAUUGGGGCACCCAUGGACAAACCAGCUCCUGUGGUACCUAUGUCCCAGGUGCCACCCGUCACUGUCUCCCUUAGUUUAGCUUCUAACCUCACACCAUCAUCUGCUUCUGUAGCCACAACACAGCAGCCUCCCAAAGCCUGUCCACCUCGGCAAGUGUGUGGUAGUGCUCAUGGACCUGGCUGGCAGGCAGCUAUGGCCUCCACGGCAAUCAUGGUACCUGUGGGACUAGUGUUUAUGGCCUUUGCCCUACAUUUCUACCGAUCCUUGGUGGCCCACAAGACAGACCGCCACAAGCAGGAACUGGAGGAACUCAGUCGCCUGCAGGGGGAGCUGCAGGCUGUGUGAGCCCAGCUUUAGACUGUUGCAAGCAUUGCCUCAGAAGCCCCAGGUAUCUAUGGACCUCAUUCCUUGUCCUAGGCUGGAGCCACCUCCUGUAACCUACUCUCAGGUAGAAGCCAAAUUCCUGCUCAGAGUCCCAUGCUCCCAGUGACGAUCCCCAUCACGUUCCAGUGGGUUUUGUAAGUUCUCUGCUUGAGGAACAAAAGAGGAAGUAGACUGUCUCAGUCUAAGCAUCCUGGGUUAGAUGAGAGGAAAGGAGGCCCUAGUGAGAUCCUUGGUAGUGUUGAGAAGUUGCUUGCUCCUCUCCAGGAAGGUGACAUAUCUGCACAACUGUCCCCAAGGCAGGCAGCCCUUGCUUACCUGUAAUGUGCUUUACAGUUGGCAUCCUGGGAGAGAUUUUACAUAGGCUCCUCAGAUGAACCACUUUACACUUGGUGACUUGUGGUGGUGUGUCCCACUGCCCUGAGCACUUAGAGUCUUUGGCUAGAGCCGGGGAAGGAGAGAUCUUUGAAGACUUGAGAUUGUGCAGCUAGCUUGACAAGGGUUGGGUGAGUUUGAGGGGGAGAAUUUAGCCCUUAGAAUGCAGAGCUCUUCUUCAGACACUGAUUUUUUUCAAGCCAGAGUAUCACUGUUUGUUGCUCUGACUGUCCUGGAACUCUGUAGACCAGGCUGGCCUUGUACUCACAGAGAUCCACUUGCCUCUGCCUCCCAUGUGCUGGGAUUAAAGGCAUGCACCACCACCGCCCUGCUCAGACACUGAGUUUUUGAUGCACCUUGUUUUGUAAAUAAAGUGUCUCUCACAUA